GAACACACACUAAUGUGAAGACGCGCGGCACUUGUGCACAGCAUUUACAUGCAUUACCAAUCAAUCCGCUGCAACUUGUUGACUGAUACGGCAAGUGAAAACAAACAGUCUUUCUUGCAGGAGCCUAACAACCCUUCAAGCCACAAUGACAGUCUCUAGAUCUUUUCCAUGACUGAUUUCCUCUCUGGACUAUGACAGCGCCCAUGACAGCCCUCGGUAUGGGAAACCAACGAUACUUUGACGUCUACCUGGACGACCCCAGUUCCAGUGAAGAUGAAUACGUUGACCUCAGUCGACCUUUGAUGUCCCCAAGGAAGUUUGCUCGCAGAAUACCCGCACGCCCCACCCCGGUGAAGACGAACACGCCAGACACAAAACUACCAAAAAGGAAGCCGGUAUGGUACUUUAAGAGGAAGAAGGAUUGCCUCCAGGCUUUCUAUGUUGUCAUGAUCAUUAUGGUGAUUGUUCUAUUUGCCUUAGUUUUGAUGAGGAUCUUGAAGGAUGCCGCCAAACACCGGACCAGUGAUGACGAAGAUACAAAUCAUCUAUCUGCCAUUGCCUCAUUCGGGAACUUUGCCAUGGGUAGGCCUUUUGGGAUCGGCAUGCCGAUUAAACCCUCGGUAAAACCCACUGUGUCUUCCAAUUUGAAAGAACCUCCAAAGACCCCCACUGUUGCUAGUCAAGAUGAAGAUGAACCAUCCAAAGCUGAUGCUGCUAACCCGCAGGAAGAGCCUCAAAGAACAGUACUACCUUGUACCAAGUACACUCUCCAGGAUGUCUGGAUCCAGAACAUUCCACAGCUACAGAUAGAGUCAGGCAUCAGACUCUUGGAUGUCAACCAAGACAGUGUGCUUGAUGUGAUCAUAGGAUUUGCAACAGAUGUCGGUUCAUAUUUUGCUGAUGAGUACCUACUAUGUUCCAUUUACUUCAACGGAUCAACACCAUGUUUUGGAGGAGUCCUAGCGUUGGAUGGAAUCACUGGUCAGGAGCUCUGGAGGCACUAUACCAGUAUGGAAGUCUUCGCUGUUAACUGCAAUGGUGACCUGACCGGGGAUGGGGUCAACGACUGUGCCAUAGCAGGCAGAGCUGGGGUGAUGGAAUUAGUUGAUGGAGCUAGCGGGAUACUACUUUGGAAGUAUCAUGUACAGGAAUCAGACGAAGCUCUCAGCAACUUCUACACGGCCCAGUUCAUCCAUGAUGUCAACAACGACGGUGUGAGAGACCUGCUCAAUGUCCUGGGGGGUGACCCUAUCAGAAAACCAGGUGCAGAGGUGGAGCACAGUGGAAAUCUGAUGAUACUGAGCGGAUUUGAAGGUAACGUAAUCAGUAGGUGUGAAGUACCCGACAGGAUGGAAUCAUACUAUUCACCACAGAUUUACUACCAGCAAGGUGGGAAAGCGAUGGUUCUCUUUGGAACAGGAGGAGAGACAGUUGGAGGUUCCCUUUGGGCUUUACCCUUAGAAGAUAUCAUUAUUUGCAACAUGAGUCAGGCAAAGGUCAUCUAUACUGACCCUUACAAGGGUGUGAUGACGCCCCCUGUACUUGUUGAUCUGACCGGAGAUGGCGUAAAGGACAUCGUUAUGUCCAUGUUUAACUCAACCAUUGUUGCGUUUAAUGGUCAGAGCUAUGAACAGCUGUGGAAUUACACUUUGCCUUCUUCAGAAUCAUACAGUACUCCAGCUGCAGGGUUUUACAACGAUGAUGAUGUUCCUGACUUCAUGGUCGUCUACAACUAUGGGCCUGGCUACCCUCUCUACUACUACGUACAGAUUAAUAUCUUGGAUGGAAGGAAUGGACAACCUCUUCUCCAGAAAAACAUCAUUAGCUCAGGUUCUACAACCACUUCUCCCUUGACUGUAAGUACUGAGGGAUAUGGCAAUGAUGCAUACUUCUACUGGAGACUAGGUUGUGAAGGGCAUGAGCAAGAGACAGAGGCCUUUCAUUUUCUUGGAGAAGAAGUUUCUGUUAAGGAUCAAGGCAAAAAAUCCCUGAGUCGAACCAAUUUUUGUCAGGAGAGGUUCAAUACAGGAUUUGUGACGACGGCAAGCCUACUGAAUCAGCACAUGGAUGCUCCUGGGCAGAGUAUCUAUACUUCAGCUGACCGCUUUGCAGAUGAGCACAGAUAUGAAGUCAAUGCUACUCGUAUGGCCAUGGACUACCUGGACAAAUACCCUGAAGUAAUAAAUAUUGUACUCAACGCACAGAAAGAGCAGAACGAGCAAAAAUACGACAAGGAGCAGAAAGAAAACAACGACCAGAAAUACGACAAGGAGCUGAGAGAAAACAACGAGCAAGCAGCGGUAGAACCAUCCUCACCAAAGAAACAACAUCAGACUCCCAAGCUCACAACCGCAUCUCCACACACCGAGACACCUACACUUGAUUUCCAGAGUGAGUAUUAUAAACUGAUGGCCCGAUUGUCUGCCUUAUCGGACAAUCUCCAGGAUCAAGGUGAUUCUCCCGGUGAUGAGGAUGACGGAUUACCUGACCAAAGGGAUCAUUCAAACAAAGAGACCAACUAUGAACUAAGUACUAAGAAAAGUGAUGAUAGGAGCUCACCAGAACUUAGAGCAAAUGAAGCAACAAUGACCACUACCUUACCGCCGGAUGAUGAUUCUUUGUUGGCUGGAGAUAUUGCAGGGAAGCUCAAGGAUCUUGGUCUCCCGGAUUCUUGGUUUGGAUCUCCAAAGGAAAAGAAAUCGGGAGGAGAAACGGGCGAUGAAAAUCCCUUCGAUAACCUUGAUGGCCUUUCAGAGGAGGAGAUUGAGGACAUCAUCAAAGACCUCCUUGGACUGGACAGUGAAGGGAAGAUUGGAGGAAAGACCAGUAGCUUCCUGUCCAAGCGCAAUGCCAGGUUCUUAGAUGCAAGGUCCAGCAGGUCCAAGGAUGAGCAGCACCUGAGAUCACGCCGUCAUGCUGGGCUCCAUGAUGCAGGAGGGAUCCAGAGACUCAUCUCUACAGGAACCCUGGCUCCACCUCUUAGUCCAGUCCUGGAUGACCUACCCAGCAACCCUAAUAGCAUCGAUGUCAUCUUUGCGACAUAUUGGUUCUAUCCUAAACCCAACAGGGUCAUCACAGCUAAAGAGCAAAAAUGCAUUGACGAUUGGAUGGAUAAUGAAAAACAGAGAAUGGAUCCAAGCAAUGAGUAUUACGGGCUUGACCAUGAUGCUUACGAUCAUCUGGGAUCAGAACAUUGUAGGAAGUUAGCUGCUUCUGUUCCAGCGCCCCCGACAGAUGCGCCUACCGACCCUCUCAACAUCUACCCCUUCAACCUGGAUGCAGGGGAGAUGACAGUCUACAGGCUACGCCUCUCAUGUGACUGCGGUCUCAAGGAGGCGCAAAGGAGCAACCCAGGGGCGCGUUGUGCCAGAAUCUUACCCUACCACCAGCAGGGGUGGGGUGCAUACAUGGGUACCUACGGAAACACCUACUUCACAGAGAGAACGAAAAAAGAUGGAGAUGAUUAAACUUUGUUUUAAAGAGGCCUAAAGGAGAAUCCCAGGGGCGCAGUGUACCAGAAUAGAAUGUUACCACCAGCAGGGGUGGGGUGCAUACAUGGGUACCUAUGGAAACACCUACUUCACGAAGAGAACAAAAAAAGAUGGAGAUGAUUAAAUUUAGUUGUAAAGAGGCCCUUAAGGACAAACAUACACUUCCACAGGCACUGCCGACAACUGACAGAAGAAAAUAAAGAGAUAAAUAUAUUUGUUCAUUCUUUUUUAGAGAGAGGAAUUGUAUAAUAUAUAGAUUUUAUGGGCAUUCAUUAAUUUGUAAAAGCAUUAUUAUAAAAAAGAGGGUAAUAUUAAAGCGAUUGCAUUAAUAAGGUAUGCAUUCUAAUUCCAUGGUCUAUAAAAACAUGUAACCAGAUGCUUGAUUUGUUAGGGAAGAAGAUAUAUAUUUUUAUCAUAUCCAUGAUAUAUGAAAACAAAUGUACAUAGAAGUGUAGAGAAUAUCCUCGAAGACUGGUCGAAAGUUUUGGUUGCCUUAUUUUUCCAUUUAACUCAUAAAUCUUGUAACAAAACAUCAACAGGCAAUUCAUGUACAAUGAAGUAGUGGCAUUAUCUUGCCAGUGCGAUGGGACCUGCUGAUGUUAGAGUGCUCAAGUGAAACACCCACCUUUUUGUUCUGUUAGUUUACAAACACUACUGUAUAUGCAAUUGUAUCCUUGUAUCAAGUUUGAAUAAGCAUGCAAGGCUGAAGGGAUUAGUUUUAGGGUGUAUAAGAUCAAAGGUCAAAGUUCACACGGUCAUAAAAGUGUUAAUGACAAUUAUUAAUUAUAUUGUUACCGCGAUAACUUGUAAAGUAUUUAAACAAUUCAAACCAAACUUUGAGUUGAAGUAUGAGUGAAAGGGCAAGGAUGUACUUAGAUUGUGGGUGUAUGAGGUUUGAGGUCAAAGGUCACAGGGUCAUAAUGGUGUUAACAAAAGCCAGAAAAUAUGUUUUACUGUUUGUACAAUUUGCAAUUAAACUCAGCUUUUAGGAAUGGUCCAGAAGGUUUCUAACCUCCACCUUGGAAUGGUCAGCAAGAGGACAUUACAACUGUGACCUUUGAGAAUUUUAUCAAAGACCAGAGGUCACAUUGACAGCUAUUGCUUUCAGGAGAUUAACUUGCUUACCGAAGAUCCUAGAGAUAUAUAUUCUGUAUUGAGAUCAAAAAGUUUAAAUCUCAAAUGUCUUAUCCUAAUUGUUAUCACCAUAUACAGCAUUUUCAAUGUGUUACAAUAACAGUACUUUCCAUGAAAUGUCCAUGUAUAUUACUGGACACUGUAGGCAUGCCAUUUAAAUUGAUUCAGCCAUGUGCUCUUUAGAGAUGACUAUAUGAGUGAGGCAGAUGUUUGUGCUCUGUAAGGCUAUUUUAAUGAAAUUAGGAAAAACAGGGGUCACAAUGUCAUGCAUAAAACACUAAGCUGUGUGUAUAGACAAUGAUAAAGAAAAUAGUGGGGUUGCGUAUUUCAACUUCUUGAGUUUUUUUGGAGGUCGAAUUAGUUUUUGCAGAGGCACAUCAAUUGGUGUAAUAUCAUGAAAUUCUAUCUGAUAAAGAAUAAUCAUAUUUGUAUAUUUUUGUAUUAUUUGUAUAUUUUGUUCUGUCCAUCUUUUGUUAUGCAAUAACACAGGGUGGGUGGGAACACUGGGGUUAAUAAAGUGUAAAUUUAUUUAGGCGAUUUUUAUUUCUCGGGAAUCGUUCAGAUUCUUUCCAUUUGCUAUAUUCAUGAACAAGUUGACAUGAUGUUAAUUUAUUUUCAGUGUAGCUUGUCACAAAUAAAUGAAUUCUCUGGUCACAUAAAAACAUAACAGUAAAAAAUUUAACAGUAAAAUGUCUACUCUUGUAUUGGGAGAAAACAAAUUAUUAUUAACAAAUAUCAAAUGCUGUUCCUAUUCACCCUGGUGUUCUUUUUCUACUUGUUUUAAAAUACUGUUGCUUAGUUAUACAUGAAAUGGUUAUUGUAUCUAAUCUUGAGAAACACAAAUAAAUGCUGGUGGAAAUAUUAAAGAUAAGGUCAUUGUAUUGUACAGCUCCUCCAGUGAGAUGAUGAUAAAUUUGUCUUUUCUCAUGGGAUUGUCGUUUUAAAAUGUGAUGAAUAUUUUUCGUAGCUUAAAGAAAUAUAAUGGCAUUAUUAUAAGGACAUGUCUGCGACCCGUCCUAUAAAGAGUUGAUAUCAAUCACAGCUUACUUGCGAUUGAUAUCUAUCGCAAUUAUGUUCAUAAAAGAUGAAAGACUGCUAACUAGCAAUUGAUUUUGAAUUAAUCACAACUUUUCUUAAGAUGGGACCCCCGAGUGCAGAAUUCAAUUAUUGUUGGUGAUGUUUGUCAAGUUGAUCAAAAGUUCUUUUUGAAAAACCUGAGAUGGUAAAUGCAUUUACCGGCUCCAUAUCCUAACGAUAUGGUUCUACCUCAGCAUGAUAUAAUUAUGAUUAUCAACAAUCAUGCCGUUAGUUCCAGACGCGGUUUUUAGUGCCACUACAUUUUGCUAAUCUACCUGUAUUUAGUAAAAUCUUCUUGUAUUGAUAGUCUGGUAAAAUUGACUCAGAUUGGAAUUUUGUUAAUGUAUGAAAAAACAUGUUUAAAUCUCCAUUACUAAAUGGUAAAAUGGUAAAUAGUUCUAUCAUUAGAGUCAUGUCUUGUUUUUAAAGGAAGGUGCCUUUUUACGUUACAGAUAACGUUUAGUUCACACAAAUGUACAAACAAGAUAUUCAAUAUAACAUUCAACAACAAUAGGUGGCUUGAAUAUAAAACAAUUUGGCACAAGAUGA